GAGUUUCCGUGCGGUUCGUACGACUUGUACAAAUGGUAAAUACAUAUUUUAGGUCAUUUUAACAUUUAAAUGCGGUGUGGGCACCUGCUGCCCACUGCGAGAGCCCCCUCCCGGACGCACAUGUCGGCCGGUCCCUUUAAGAGGCGCGGACUGCGGGGACUCGAAGUUCGUGGGGAGGUGCCGAUCCGAUACGCCGCUCCAUUGGCCUUUGGCUCCGGGCAGACCCGGGACUGGAGGCAGCCCCUGCUUCGGACGAGGCGAUUGGCUGCGGCCGAGGCUUCAUGCACCUCCCCGCCUGCUUUUCCUGGUUGUGCGGGCUGAAUGAGAGCAGGAAGCUGAGGCGGGCCCGGUAGCUGGCUGAUCGUUGGCAUGUUUGAAGAUUAAUGAGGCUGUUUUAAAGCGGUGGUGUCGCGCUGCAUCCGGAGCCAGAGCCGAGGACAUGACGGAGAAACGGGUGUCCCGAUGGUACUUCGGGGGGCUCGCCUCCUGCGGGGCGGCGUGCUGCACUCACCCGCUGGACCUGCUCAAGGUGCACCUGCAGACGCAGCAGGAGGUGAAGAUGAGGAUGAUGGGCAUGGCCAUGCACGUGGUUCGCCAUGAUGGGGUUCUCGCCCUGUACAACGGUCUCAGUGCCUCCCUCUGCAGACAAAUGUCGUACUCCCUGACGCGAUUUGCCAUCUAUGAGACGGUGCGUGACAAAGUGGGAAGUGCCAACCAGGGUCCCAUGCCCUUCUACCAGAAGGUUCUACUGGGGGCUUUUGGAGGUUUUACCGGCGGUUUCGUCGGGACUCCAGCAGACAUGGUGAACGUCAGGAUGCAGAAUGACGUGAAACUGCCCCCAGAACUGAGAAGAAACUAUGCCCAUGCGCUGGAUGGCCUCUACAGAGUUUGGAGAGAAGAGGGUGUGAGGAAGCUCUUCUCCGGAGCUACCAUGGCCUCCAGUAGAGGUGCUCUAGUCACAGUAGGGCAGCUUGCCUGCUAUGAUCAGGCCAAGCAGUUUGUCCUGAGUACCGGCAUCAUGUCUGACAACAUCAUCACCCACUUCCUCUCCAGCUUCAUUGCAGGAGGUUGUGCUACAUUCCUCUGUCAGCCACUGGAUGUGCUGAAGACUCGGCUGAUGAACUCCAAAGGGGAAUACACGGGCCUGAUGCACUGCCUGAGGGAGACUGCCCGGCUGGGACCCCUGGCCUUCUACAAGGGCCUGGUUCCGGCCGGCAUUCGUCUCAUCCCUCACACCGUGCUGACCUUCGUCUUCCUGGAGCAGCUGCGGAAACACUUUGGCCUGGUGGUCGUCACCUGAGUGCGGGGGGGGGUCCACGCGGGCCAUCUCCCAGUUCCC